AUGAGCUUCAUAGACAAGAAUCUAAAAGUUUACCGCAUGGAGAAUGAUUUCUGGGCCGACAGGUUUGUGGAAUACAAUGGCCUUCAUGCAUUCAUUCUUCAAUCUAAACUAAAAGGGGCCGCCAAACUUCGGAGCACAAAUUCAGCCCGGACAGUGUCUUCUGGACUACUUUUUUCCUUCUUGGUUAGACUGGGGGGUCACGGCAUGCUGAAAAGCCGCUGUUGCGUUUUAUUCGGUGACCUAAAGGUGUUGCUGCUCCGGCCACAGGCUAAUACGAGCCCCAUGAGCGGACAAACGGCCCCUUAUGCCUCACAUGACAACAAUAGCCUACGAGCCCACCGGCUUCGACACUGGAGUACCCCGUCCACAGAGGACGCUAUAGGGCAGGAGGGACCUGCAGACGGGUCGGGGUGGACAGGUGCCGUGGCGGAGGAGUUCUUAAAGGACCGCAGGGAUGAUAGAUUCUCCUUCAUCAGUUAUGCUGAGGGCACUCCCGUAUGUAGGAUAUGCUUCCAAGGGCCGGAAAGGGGUGAGCUGUUGAGCCCGUGUCGUGUAGCGGGUCGGACGCAGCACUCCAUUCAGCCCUGUCUGAUCAGAGUGGAUUCAUUGGUAGAGAUCAUGGACCCUGUGACUGUUUAUAUAAGGAUCAGGCUCAUCGCCAUCAGCACCAAGAAACCUCUCUAGUGGCAAGCUAUUUCUCUGACGGUCAUCGAGAAGGUUCAGAUCGCAGCAGCUAUCUUGGGUUCAUUGUUUCUGAUCGCCAGUAUCUCGUGGCUGGUGUGGUCUUCUCUCAGCCCGUCAGCCAAAUGGCAACGACAGGACCUACUGUUUCAGAUCUGUUAUGGGAUGUACGGCUUCAUGGACAUCGUCUGCAUAGCUUUAAUAGUCCACGAGGGACCCUCCGUCUUCCGGAUAUUCCAUCGAUGGCAGGCCGUCAACCAACAGUGGAAAGUUUUAAAUUACGACAAGAAGAAAGACAGUGAGGAGAAAAAAAACACGGAGGAAUUGAGCGGAUCGCAGCUUCACCAGAGAGAGCAAACCGGAGAGGAAAUAUCCCCGUCUCCAUCUUCUCUGAUGGUCGCCGCGGGGACGCCGGCCCCGGCCAACACCAUCACGAACACAGACGCCGCCGUGACCCUGCAGGACUCCACGGGUUCUCACCCGACCGACAGCGACGGGGCGGCUCUGCCUGACCAACACUGUCCAUAUAACCUCCUGCAUUUACUGAGUCACUUACGAGCGCACGAGCCGCGCGGGCCGCCCGCCAGCAGCACCAGUAACGCCAUCAAACCUAGAGAACUGGUUAUGAGAGUGACCACUGUCUGAACACACCGACCGGAGGCACAAAGAGACCACAAGCACAGCGCUUGAACUCUUUUCUACACAGUCUGUGGAUUAUUUAGGACUUGCUGGUGAUCCAGCCGUAUGUGUUUUUAAAUAAUCGACGGCGAGACGAGAAUGACCGAUAUAAUGCUGACACACACUCAAAAUACAGUUUUACAAUCGAUUGGUAGCAAAUGGAUGUCCAGACUAUUAAAAAGAAUGCAUUUAAAGGAACAGUUCACAGAAGAAAAGCUGUUUAGGUUGCAGUCCGUGAUUUUUGCCUUCUGUGUUUGAAGCAUAAAACUACAGUCGACUUACGUACUUAUUUUUGAAGUCAAGUGAUGUCAAACUGUGCAAAAUCCGUCCCCACAUCUCAUCACAAUUUGUGAAUUCAUCACAAAUUGUCUUUUAUGUACUUGCACAGUACACAGAUUUUUGUUUCCAACUGAAAAAAGUCAAGGUUUGCAGCUAAAAACGAAGUCAUCAAACUAAGACUGUUAUAGUAAAAGUUCUUUCAACUUUACAAAAGGUUUGGGCGGACACGACUAAAUGACAGAUGUUUUUUUAUGGGCGAACUGUUACUUUAAAUGAACAUCAGUACACAAUAUUUCCUCAAAGUUACAAUCGGAACAUGUGCCGUAUCUUGACAUGACUAUCAGUGGAUUAUAAAAGUGGAAAAGCCGCAAUUUCACAUCAGACGAUCGGCUAUCAGAAAUCUCAAAAUUCAGUCAAACGCUAAACGAACAAAAGUCUGAAUAAAGAGAAAAGUGAAAAAUGUAACUCUAAACAAACAUGUGGAAAGAUUUCAUGACCCCAGCGUGAGAGAUAAACACGUUUACAAUAACAUGAACAGCGUGGAUUGGCCUCUGACCCUUUCACUGUCUUUAAAUUAUGACUGGCAGCUGUCAAUCAUCACGUUGACAAAUGGACAGCAGCGUCCGCUUUGAUGAGCUCAAUCAGUUGAAAAGCACAUCUCUCUCUCUCGCCCUUUUUAUGCUUGCUGGAAAUGCAUGUUUUCAUAUUCAUGGCCAUCUUGUGAUAAGAUGUGGUCAUCGACCUCUUCGGUUAGGCACUUCAAGUCAACGUGAAAUCAAAAAUACGGUUUCAUGUUGACUUUAACAUCAGUUUACUCCAGGGCGAUUGUUCCUGUGAUCAGUGUAAGCAAAAUACAAUUUUAAACAUUUAUAUUUCACCUUAUUUCAUACAAAAAACAUUGGGUUGUAAUUUAAAGGCCAAACUUUUGAACUGGUUUUGAGUUUUAUUUACUGACCCUCGUGUUGUUCCCGACCUCUGAAACACAGACAGAAUGAUUUUUAUUAUAUUCAGAAUGUGGAUGGUGAUUUUUAUUAAGCACUGAUAAUGGAGCACACAAGAAACAGACUAUAUUUCAAGCCAUACGCUAACUAUUCUGUGGAACAGAUUCAAAAGAAAACGGUGCCUUUGGAUUGUGCGAGGUCAUUGACAGCCAACAUCAUUGGUUCUUAUGUGAUCAAGUGUGACCCGAUACGGUAGAAUAUACAAAAGUACAAAUGAGAUUUGAGAUUCUGAGCUCAAGAUCGUUUUGGAAUUGGAAUGACAUGAGGGUACGGUAAGUACAUGACGACAGUUUGAAGUGAAAUUUCCUAUACUUUCCGUCUCCGUUGACUUGUUUCUCCGUUAUACAUUUCUAUCGGAUGUAUUGACUUUUACAUAGUGUGCUGAGAUCCAUAUUUUUGUCAUGUUGGUAUUUCAUAAAACUGAAAAAAAUAAAAUUCAUGUAUGACAA